GUAAAAUUAAACUUCAUGUGACUUUGUAGGGCGGGUUAUAUUUAUGCUACACAAUGAUGAAUAAUCAUUUAUUUUAAUUAUUUAGAUUGAUGAUUAUAGAGGUAUUUUAGUAUACCAAUUCAUGCUUAAAAAAUAUACAUAUUAUUUAGAAUUAAUCUAAAUAAAUGUAAUUUGUUAAACUUAAAAAUUUUCACCUCUGUCAAAAGUUAGAUCAUGUGUAUUUGCAGUCCGAGUCAAUGCGCAUGUCAAGUUGAAAAUUGCAAAUGGCGGCCGUUGUUAUUGUUCGUACCGAAUUAUCUAUUUGUAAAUUAUAUACUACUCUUUUUAGCGAUUUUUCUACUGAACUAUUAUAUUGAUGCGAUGCCCUAACUUCCGAUGAUUCAGCGCGACGCGUUUUAAGUACAAUUUUAAGUGUUUUGAGUGUUUUUUUUUCGUAUUUAAUGUGUGUCAUGCAAAUGGGGUAAGCUGGAAUUAUCGGAUGGCUCUUAGGUUGUUUUGGAUAGUUUCAGUAAGGAAAUAAAGUGAAGUUUUGUGAUCUAAAGUGUGAAAAUGGAAACUGCAUAAAGUUUUUUAACUAUUGCGCCACUUUGUGAGCGUAGCAACAGACAAGAACGGCCGCAAUCUGCUAAUGUUCCAUGCCGUGACUGCACUCCCCGUACAUUUCAAAAUGGCUGCUGCUCUUCACGAUAUAUGAGCUUUGCGUCACUGGAACAUAAAUCAGUGAAUAAGAUUUGCGAUGAAGUUUUGGUGUUUCUAGUCGUGUGAUUCGUUGUGAAAAAUCAAAAAAUUACGUCGGACUAAUCCGCAGACGUAAUUGGGGUGGUACAUUUGUGUUGUAUCAUAUGUUUUUGGAGUAGUGGACACUGACCAUAGGACCGAUAUUGCCUUGCGUCCGAGCUGGAUUGUAAUGUCGCGAUUGAAUUUCCAGGAUGAUUUAGGACAUGAGGGAAUAAAAAAUUUGUGGAAUUGAGCGGAAUGUGACAUUGUAUGAGAGCAUGGCAGCGGACAGCGAUGGGCUAGGCUCGGCGGGCGGCGGGGUGUGCAGGGGCGGGGUGGGCGCGGGGUCGGGGUCGGGGGCGAGUGCGGGGUCGUGCGGCGUGGUGGUCACGUGCGAGGGCGACCUGCACGACCCCCGCUUCCCGGAGCGCCUGCGCCGGCUGCUGCGCGAGCUGCGGACGCUGCUCGCCGAACCCAGUCCGCACACACUCAAAGUUAACAAGGUGGAGCCGUGGAACUCGGUGCGCGUGACACUGUCGGUGCCGCGCGCGGCCGCGAUGCGACUCCGCGCGCUGGCGGCCGCGGGCGCGCCGCAGCUGCGAGCGUUAGGCAUCCUGUCCGUGCAGCUGGACGGCGACGCGGCCGUGUCGCUGCGGCUGCAGCACGGCGCCGAGCUGCGCAUCCGCACCCAGCCCGACGAAGCAGCAAGCACCAGUGCCACACCACGGCCUCAGGCCAAUUCCGAGUUACUAUCCAACCUGGGCAGCAUAGGCCGCCUCAUAAGCGACGCGGAAGGCGCCUCCACCAGCGGGGAGACAGUCCCCCCCGCAGUCUCGAGGGAUAGUUUCAAAUCCCCCAAUACCGUGUGUCCGAUGGACGGGAAAAUACCGCAGAACAUUCCUACGCCGCCGGCGGACGCGAGAUGCGAGUUCCCCUUCGGAAGUAUGACGCAAGCGAGGGUGAUUCACAGAAAGGAGAAUACGCUUGGUAUAACCAACCCCUCUACCACAGUUCGCACCCCGGACGGAGUAUUUCUCCGUCCUUCCACAUCAUCGUUCCCCGGGCCCCCUCCCCCCUACCCGGCUUCUAAGCCGGUGCCCCCACCCCCUACAAUACCUCCUCCCCCUACGGUGGCCAUGUCGUCGCCACUGCUAGUGAAUCUGUUGCAAAACGACGCUCCAGCACCGCAGCCGAGGACUAAAGUUCAGACCCAGACACCGGCGAAGCUGGAUCGUCUUGAUGAAGGACAGGUGGAACUAGCGGCCGGUCGCGCUCAACUAGAGUACCGGGGGGCGCGGGUACCGGCGCCGACACCUCAACAAUCACACCAACAACACCCACAACCUCAUCAACCUCAUCAAACACACCAGCCUCAACAGCAACAGCAACCGUUCGUGAGGAGAACGUUCGCGCCGGCUAGGCCUUCGCCCCCGCCGCAGGGACCGCCUGGACAGCCGGUGACCUACCGAGCGCCGGGCAGCAAUCCCCCCUUACCGAAUCGUGCGCGGUUUCCCACCAGCUACGUCAGCACUAAUACUGAUAGUACUAGCAGCCCCUCUCCUUCCCCUAUCCCCUCCCCUAUACCCCCGCCCCCUCCCCCUUACCGUGCAGAUUGCAGACCUAGACCCAGACCUCCGUUACCGAGACCCACAACUCCUCAAGUCCUGAAUUCUACAUUGAAUCAGACGCAAACGCAAGCCCAAGCGCCGAGGUUCUCGCCUGAAGAUCUGAAGGUGUUACUGCCGCCUUCUACUACGUCGAUGGAUCAGAAGACCAGGUCGAGGUUCCAGGAGUUCCAGUGGUUCCAGCAGCAAUACAUCGCGACCCAAAGGGCAGCCUCACAGCCCGACUGGAACGAACCAUACCGGGACUUGGAGCUACCAGAUUUACCCGACUCCGAUCUUGAUCAACUGCUACCCACUCUGAGCGCAGACCUAAACCUGGACUCGGCCUUAUCCGCAAUAUCAGACUUGGAGAACGCUGCCAAACUAUACGAGCAAAAAGAAGCUCCUGAAUCGGAAAACAGAGAAACAAUCUCGUAUCCGAAUGGCCCUUAUCCGGAACCGACCACUAGUACAACGGAACCGAAGGAGCCCGAGUCUACAUUCAUGCCUCCCCCGCCAGUGCCUAACAAGUUCCAAACACCGUUCAAAUCGCCUCCAAAUUCAACAUAUAGUGCGGACAAAGCUACCACCAGCACUACAAUGCCACCACCGAUGAGACUGCCUAUUAGAGCGACUAGUUCCGUAUCUACUGCCACAGUCGGUUCCCAAGCGUCGGCGCAGGAAAUAGAGGCGCAAAGCAAACAGUACCUGAUCAAAACCCUCAUGAGGGACGAUGAACCUCCGCCCAAAGAAGAAAAGAAACCAGAGGAAGUGACCGUAGCACAGUGCAAACUAAAAGAAAACUCGGAGGCUGAAGUGUUCGGAAUCGCUAAAGUGACCACUACGGAGGAGGAUCGGAGAGCGGAGGAAGAGCUCAAGUUAAAAAACAAGCUGAAGAGAGAGAGGGAGGACAAACUCGCCCAGAAAGGGGGCAAGCCGCGAGCGGGGACGAAGGAGAAGCCAGUGACGCUCAAAGAUAAGAUAGUGAGAGAUGGGAAAACCAAAGUUGCCUUACCGCGGCCGCAGCCCGCGACCCCGCCCGUUGCCGCGCCCGCUUCCGUGUCCGCCCCCGCCCCCGCCCCCGCUCCCGCUCCCGCUUCCGCCCCUGCCUUAGAACCUCCCCCUCCCACUGUCGCCCCUGUCUCCGAAGCCCCAAAGUCCCCGAGCGAAAAAGAGUCCAUCAAACUCCGGCUAAAGCUCGACAAAAACGAGCCCGUCUACAAAGCUGACGUCAGCUUCGUCAACCAACCAAAAGGCGAGAAACCCACCGACGGGGAAUUAAGAGUGCCGCCUCUCCACAUAAGUUUGCGAGGCCGCAACUCCGCCGUCAUAAAGAACUCGAAAAAAGAGAAGAAAAAGUUCAAUCUAGGAGACGUGCAAUCCAAGAAAGUCAAAAUAAGGAAAGCUCUCGAAGCGGACGGCAAGACGCACGAGUCACCCGUUAAAACGGUCGAAGGCGCCGACAACAAGACUGACGAGAUACUAAUGAAGAGCAUAAAGCUAAACUACCACUACGCAGAAGGCGAGGCGAUAAAGCCGGGUAUUAUCGCGGCCGGCGACAACAACGUCGUCUACAGAAUGAAGACGAUAUCGAAAAACUCGCAUAUAGUCACUAAAUCGCACGACUACAAGAUCAACAACAAAGUGCUCGACAGUUUGAAGCCUAAAAAGAAAUCGAAGCUCGCCGACGGUAAAACGGCGGAGAAGGAGCGGGACAAAGAAUGGCGGAACGAUACGUUAGACAAGGAGGGCAAGUACGCGCAGAACGAGGGCUACAGAGAGAACAAUCACGAAGCUAAUAAAAAGAAGCCGAGUGACAGUGUUAAGUGCGACAGUGAUAGUAAGCAAACGGACGACAAUAAGUGCGGGACAGUGAACAGUGGCAGUGGAGACGGAGAGUUCGAUAGUUUGCUACUAAAGUGUUUGGAGAGGACUAUGUGUGAGGAGAAGUCUGGAGAGGAGAAACAGGCGAAGCGGCCUACGUCUCCGCCCAAUGGUCUGCUGCCCGACAAACGACGCAAGCAAUGCCCAGAACCACCCGGAUCUACGAAUGUUGGUACGAUAGUGCCAGCGCCCCGAGGGGAGUCCCCGCCCGCGCAGCGAGCAGGAGGGGGAUCCCCGCGACGCAAAGAACGACCCAAGGACAAGUCCUACUGCAAGUUAGUGGCCGAACGUAGACCCGACAGACCCGAUCGACCCGACGACAAGUUCGGCAGCCGAUCUCCCUCCCAAGCGCAAGGCGAAGACUCCGGCAUAGAGUCCAUGGACGCUCUCUCAGAGAAAUCGCCGAACCAAGCGAGCCAAUCGCCGCCGGACCAACGUAAAGAACGGCUAGAUAUGCCCAGAUCUACAAGUCCGACGUCCGUGCAGAGAAUCAUAGGCGUGAUUGACGCCCCGCCUGCGUCAGACGAGUUGCUAGAAAGGUUACAGCUUGCGGGCACACCGAGGUAUGAACCCGGCCCGCCCGACAUCGACGACCUCGGAGACAUCGAGGCGGAACUAGCCAAGAUGCACGCCGAUCAUGUCAACGGCGACGACGCUCCUCGCCGCCCAGAAGACCUCACCAAAGACGUGAAGCGGGAACCGACGCCAAUAUUAAGAGACGAGGACAAAACGCAGGAGACGCCGCCGGAAACCGCCCCUCCUGAACCGGCUCAAGCGACGUCCCCUAAGAAAGAGAAGGAGGACUUUGAUCCUUUACCGAGCAGAAUGUCGCCGCCGCUGUAUACGUACUCGAAUCAGGAGAAACUCACCGCGGCCGAACCCGAGGACGAGAAAAGGCCGGCGGAAAACGGGGACGUGAAAGAGGAGGUCUCACAAGACGAGAAGCCUGAGAAAAUAGAGCGGUUGCCUCUGAAGGCGGACUUUCCUGCUAAGAGUUUUUUGGAACAGCUGCUUAUAGAGAUUCCGCCAGCGGAGUACGCAGCCAAACGGACGGAGUCUCCUUCGCCUUCCGCCUUGGAGCGAGUGGCUCGCAGCAGCGUGAGAACGCGGUCGAGCAGUAAGCUGAGCAGUCCGGCCGACGGGCCCAGAACGCCUCGGCUCAGCCCCGGCUUGCGGGCAGACUCGCCGGCCUUACACCGCAAUUGCCUUCGCGCCGGCUCGGUGGACAAACAGAGUCCCAAACCGCUGCCGGCGAAACCUUUACCCGCGAAACGGAAACGACGCGAGUCCGAAAGCUCCUGCGCGUCGACGGUCAGUUGCGAAGAAGGGCUGUCGCCGGCGGGGCGGCCGAAGAAGAAGCCGAGAAAGAUCGAAGGGCAGAAACUACCCCUGCCCGCGGGGGGGAAGGCGAAAAAGGAUUCCGAUAGCGAUAGCGACGAGCCGCUAAUAUGCAAAGUUCGCGGGAAGACUGUGAAAGGGGUGAAGCCGACGCCUCCUGUGAACGUUAUAGGGCCGGGGGCGGGGGUCGGGGUGGGGAGGGGGAAGGGCGGGGAUGGAGUGGGGACCAGGAGGUCGGUGAGGCACGGCCCGCCCGCGCAGCCGGCCCCCGCGGCCCCGGCGCCCCCUAAUACCACGCCGGUCAGGCGGAAAACUAGGAGUGCCGUGGGUGAAGGCACGCCAGCGCCGGCCGUGAGACGACGGCGAGCGUCGCGCGACGGCAAGUGACGGCGGCGGCCGGCGGAGCCCGUCGCCCCGCCGCUCCUGUUGCUAGACUGACCCGUUCCCGGUCCCAAUAGCCCCGAGGACAUUGUUGACCCCUUUCCCGCAGGCCACACGGACAUUUUCGGGCCAAUUCCCACAGGCCCGUUCCCGUUAGCCCCGUUCCUGCUGGCCCCGUUCCCGUUGGCACCGCGUUGAGUACGCGCCGGUGCCGCACCCCCCUGUUAUUGUUGAUUAGUGCCUAAGUGUCUAGUGUUGCCAGUCUGUCUGAAUAGUGUUUAUUUUAUUAUUGGUUGGUUUGGUUUACUCCACGCGUGGUUUACUAUGGUAGAUUGUAAGGAUGAAUUUGCUAUUUUUGAAGCGUAAAUUAACAUUGCAAGUCCCAAUUUGUUUUAAUGAUGACAUUACCUACGUAAUAUUGCUAGUUUGUCACACUUUACAUGUCAACUUCAAAUAUAUUUGUUUCUAAACUAAAAACAGCUUGAGACAAAAAGGCAUUUCAAAAGAUAGUUUUAAAUUCUAAUUCUAUAUUGAGAACCGGGCUGCUGCCUGUUGUUAAACUUGAUGGUUUUCAAAUAAUAUGACUCGGUAACAAAUGCUUUGUGUUCUCGCACCAUUUGAAGUUGUUUUUUACCAGGAACAUUCAAAAUGUAUUCUGGCAACACUAGCAUUGAUAUGUGUGAACUGUUUAUGUGGCAAAAUAAUGUUUCUACACUACGACAAGAGUUUGAAGAUUUAUUAUUAUUAAUUUCACGCGAAUGACCUAGCAUAAUUUUAUAAUUAGGCAUAAAACUGAUGGCAUGUAUUCGAGUUGGGACACCACAUUACUGUUUAGUUGACAAUUUGUACAGUUAUUUGUGUCAUGCUUUUGAUUUGGAACACAACAAGUAGAUGUUUAUUUUAAUUUCUUUGGGUACAACUCUGAACACAGAAAAAGGUACCACACAUUUAGUUUAUUUUUUCAUAAUGAAAUCUUUUUUUUUCUAUUAUACUUUUUCGAAUGUUUUAUUUUGAAAGACACUCUUUAAACAAUAUCUCUUAGCUAAUCAUGACUAUGAAAAUAUUAUCAUUUCUAUUAUUUCUACAGUGGUUUUCGUAUUGGAAUAUUCAAUUGCUUAUAUAUUUUAUUGUAAAAAGUUGAGUAUCAUGUAUGUAUAUACAUUUUCUUUAUUCAAUCAUGAUGCGUUUGGAUAUGUUUUCGCUAAUACUAAGACGCAGAUAAAAUGUUUUUUUUUGAGUGUGAAUCUCAAACCUUUUGGAUUGUGGUGUGAAAAAGUGCAAUAAUUAUGUAUCAAAAGUGUCCAACAUUUUUUCCUCUAAUCAAGAACUUGUAUUUUAUUUACAUAACUAAAUGUGUGCAACUAAUUUUGUAUUUUUGACUAAAUUGAUAUGAAAAAAAAAAUAAUGUUAUUUGUAUAAAAAACUCAUUAGUAUGAAUCUUACACCUGUAAGGGUCGGGUUACAUUUACACGCCAUUUCUUUGGUAGUCUGUUUCUUGUAGUACCGUUAAGGCAUUCACGAGCAUGACGGUGUCCAACACUUAUAUUUUUACUGCUGUAAGACUUGUGCUACGAAAAUAGUGUGAAUAAGAAAUGGUUUUAGGUUAUUGCCAUCGAGAAAAGUCGAAAUAUUUUCGAUGUGCGAUUGGAUUGCUUUGUCGCGAUUACUCGUUUCGAAUUCGACAAAGAUCAUAUAAAUGCUAAACUCUAUGGAAUCGUAUUUACAUUGGAAAUUGGAUGGGAAUAACCCGAAUGUGCGCGCACGCAUGAAUGUAAACCGACUUUAAAAUCUCUUAAAAUUUUCUUUUUUUUUUAUUGUCUAUGUUAUAACGAAUGUCGUACUAAUGUGUUUUGAUGACAUCAAAAGCAUCGCAAGCAAUCUUUGCGUUACAUUGUAAGCAUACAUAAAGCAUCCUAACUUAGCGACAAACGGAUGGAAUGAAUGCCGUUAUUUUUUUAAAAUAUUUUUAUGACUUAUUUAGUGAAACAAAUCAUGUUACCAUUCACUAUUAUUGCGUCGAUUUUUCUAUUAUAACAUAAGUUUCUUGGUGUAAUUUUAAGACUUCACAGUGUGUCGUUUGCCACAGAAUGGCGGGAGCUUUAGUUCUUUUAUUAGUGGAUAGAAUUGUAUCAUUAUUGUACAGAGGAGCACUCGACUUUAGGCACGUCGUUUAUGAUAAUAGUAAAAAUAAACCCGAGAGAUAUAAAAUAUGAAAUAGAUGCAUAAAGUUAAUUAAAAAAAAAAAGAUAUUUUCAUACCUUUUUGCACUUGAAACGGAUCGCCCGCGUUGGCGCGGCGCCGCGUUCGUAGUUUAAAAAGUAAAACGUCACGGCGGUGGAACGCCAUUUUGAAAGUUUUGAAAAGAAAAAAGUAUGCGUUUUAUUUAGUGAGUAAAUAGUUGUAGCACCUUGUACACGUCAUUUCGAAUUUUACACAAGUUAUUUUUAACUCUCAAUUUUAGAUGUGAUCAAUAUUGUUCUCUUGAAUAAGGUUUAUAAAUAUGGCGCCGCACCACCGCCGCGACGCUGGCUGCUAUUACGAUUAAAUUUAGCGUAAGAGAAUUUCACGACCAAUAAUUGUAAUUUAGUGACUCGAUUGAUAAUUUCUUAGUGAAGAGAUAAUAAUCGUGACUGAAUGUUUCAACAGUUGUCUGUUCGGGCUUCCAGUAAACUAAAAGUGUUAUUUUGAUGCCCCGCGCCCCCCCAACCCCGAAUUGCGUUUCGUUUCGCCCACGAUUCGACCACGGGUCAGAUGCAACCAUUAUUUUUUUUAAUUACCAAAUUAGUCGUUUUCCACCAGUGAAGGUUUUUUUUUUUUAAAUUUAUUCUUUAAGCUAGCAAGUUUUCUUUUGCACUGUACAUAGAUGAUGGAAUUAGUUCUCCUAAUUAGAUGUUAGUAUUUAUUAAUCACAUUUUUACGCAGUCACUUAGUGCGCCUGCCUGACUAAACGUUAGUUCUGACUUCGCACGCAUCGCGUCGUGGUCGUGUCCGUCGUAAUAUACUCUCUUGAACGUAUUAGUUAAAGUCGAAAUCGAUGAUGAUUUUUUUUCUCUAUAAAAAUAUAUAAAAAAUUUAAUGCGUUAUCGGACACGAAUAUAUGUUUAGUUUGCGGUUCCUAAGCUUAGGUAUAUGUAAGUCUCAGAGCAAUAAUUUGUGGAUGUGACGCUUAGCUUUUAAACAAAAGAUAGGUUUGGAGAGCUUUUUUCGAGCUACCGGCUGUUUUGAAUGUUGGUCCCACGCUAGUUCAGUAUUUUGUACCUUUUAUAAAGUAUCUUACACUAUCUAUACACAUCUCCCACGAAGCGCAUAUGGUUUUUAAAAGGUCGGACGGUGAUAGUGCUAAAAUUCAAAAUUAAAAGUAAAUCUGUUAGUACGUGCGUAGUGUGAAUAGUGUAUCGAUCAAUAUAAUUAGUAGGAGAUACGUUGCCUGAUAAAAUUGUGCCCUAUAAAACGUGCGGCAGACGCGAGCUGCACUCUUAGGUUAUAUAUAUCGGGUCGAGAUCAGCGGAAUUAGGAAAGAGUUAUUCCUUUUUUUUUUGACUUUCUCUUCGUUUCGUUUUUCCUUUUAAAUUAUUAGUUAGUAAAAAAAAUAAAUAGGAAAGAAAUCGGUCCGGCCGAUGACACAAUCUCUUGUAAAUUUCUAUGUAUAGAUGGGGAAAUUAAUAUAAUGUGUUAUGAGUUAAGUAUUUUUGUUUCUUUUACGGCAUUGUUUGGGAGUUGACGUUGUUGUAUAUAAGAUGGCGCCAGUUAGAGGCCGGCCCCCCCGGUUCUUUAGGAAUGCAAAAGCCUUAUACUGUAAAAUAUAUAAGUAUGACUUGCAAGCUUGUAUCAUAUAAAUAUAGUGAAUGAACUCUCGAAGCUAGCUCUGUAUAUUGGGUGUAUAGUAUCAUUUUAGUUUUCCCUUUGUUUUGUUUUUAUUUUGAAACUAAUGAUAGUAAUUUAUGCCGAUAAAAAUAUCUAUAUAUUAUAUAUAUAUAUAUAUAUAAUA